UAAGCGCCGUCUAGAAGGCUCUCUAUUUCUCUUUGAAGCAGAGAAGGAAACGAACUCAAUAAUCCAAACCAUUGAGCAUAACGAUGGGAGGAGGUGGCGCUGGUGGUUCAGUAAAAGACGUCAAAUCAAAGGCCGAGCUCGAUGGGUUGCGCCAGAGUGGCGCCCCACUUAUCCUUCACUUCUGGGCUUCUUGGUGUGAGGCUUCGAAGCACAUGGACCAAGUCUUUUCUCAUCUCUCUACCGAUUUUCCCAACUCUCACUUCCUUAGGGUAGAAGCUGAAGAGCAGCCUGAGAUAUCUGAGGAGUACUCGGUCUCUGCUGUGCCUUUCUUUGUCUUCUUUAAGGAUGGUAAGGUUGUUGAUAAGUUGGAGGGUGCAGAUCCUUCCAGUCUGGCAAACAAAGUUGCCAAAGUUGUUGGGUCAAUUAACCCUGGAGAAGCUGCUGCUCCUGCUAGUCUCAGAAUGGCUGCUGGCCCCACCGUCCUUGAGACAGUCCAAGAUUUGGCUAAGGUAAAUUGUUCAAUCCAGACAGGAAAUCAAAUGCAAACUGGCGAUGACAAACUUAAGAAGCGACUGCAGCAGCUGAUUGACUCUCAUCCAGUAAUGCUAUUCAUGAAAGGAACCCCCGAGGAGCCCAAGUGUGGUUUUAGCAGAAAAGUUGUUGAUGUUUUGAAGGAUGAAACGGUCAAAUUUGGAACAUUUGAUAUUCUAUCGGAUAACGAAGUUCGUGAAGGUUUAAAGAAGUUCUCUAACUGGCCGACAUUUCCACAACUCUAUUGCAAAGGAGAACUUCUUGGUGGGUGUGACAUAGUAAUUUCCAUGCAUGAAAGUGGUGAACUUAAAGAAGUUUUCAGAGAUCAUGGAGUUGAUGUUGUUGGGUCUGAACCGAGUACUGGUGGAACCUCAGAACCCACUGGAUUAAGUGCAAACCUAACUUCUUGUCUGCAAAGCUUGGUUAAUUCAAGCCCAGUUAUGCUGUUUAUGAAGGGAAAGCCUGAUGAACCCAAGUGUGGCUUCAGCCACAAGGUAGUUGAAAUCCUUAAACAAGAAGUCGAUUUCAAGAGUUUUGACAUACUCACAGAUGAUGAAGCUCGUCAAGGACUGAAAGUCUAUUCAAAUUGGUCAAGUUACCCCCAAUUGUAUAUUAAAGGUGAACUUAUUGGUGGGUCAGACAUCAUUUUAGAGAUGCAGAAAAGUGGUCAGCUUCGAAAGAUUUUAACCGAGAAAGGUAUCGUUAAGAAAGAGACACUAGAGGACCGUCUGAGAAGUUUGAUUUCAUCUUCACCAGUGAUGCUCUUCAUGAAGGGUACUCCCGAUGCUCCGAGAUGUGGUUUCAGCUCUAAAGUUGUCAAUGCUCUAAAGGAUGAAGGUGUGAGUUUUGGGUCAUUUGAUAUUUUAACCGACGAUGAGGUGAGACAGGGAUUGAAAGUGUUCUCGAACUGGCCGACCUUUCCUCAACUUUUUUACAAAGGUGAGCUUAUAGGAGGUUGUGACAUUGUUUUGGAGCUGCGAAACAGCGGAGAGCUUAAAGCAACUCUGUCCGAGUAACGUGGGUUAAGUGUGUUUAAAACUAACUUGGGAACAGAAC